UCAGGGAAGGAGGAGAGCCGCCUGAGAGGAUCCGCCUGGAGGAUCUCUGGGCGGCCGGUGGGGAGCGUCGCAAGGCGCCUCCGAAGGGCUGUUCCCCGGCAUGUGGCGAAGGAGCCUCGGGCGGUUGCUUGGCAAGGGGGCCCUCGCGACCCUUCGCCCCGCGCCCCGUCCGGAGGCUUCUCCCGUGGCCUUCAAGAGGCCUUACGCGGCCCAGGCAGAAAGGAAAAGAUUUUACCAGAAUGUUAGCAUCUCCCAAGGAGAAAGUGGCUUUGAAAUCAACUUGGACAGCCGGAAGCUGAGAACUCCGCAGGCUAAGCUCUUCACGGUGCCCAGUGAGCCUCUGGCUUUGGCUGUGGCAACUGAGUGGGAUUCCCAGCAGGACACUAUCAAGUUUUUUACGAUGCAUCUGACCAACUUGUGCAACACCGCUUUGGACAACCCAUCACAGCGAAGCAAAGAUCAGCUCAUCCAGGCAGCUCUGAAGUUCUUGGAGACAGAUACUAUUUGUUACCGGGUAGAGGAGCCACCAGCCUUGGUAGAACUGCAGAAGAAUGAAUGGGAUCCAGUAAUUGAAUGGGCUGAGAAAAGAUACAAUGUGGUGAUUGGCUCUUCAACCAGCAUCAUGGGUCCUACCCUCCCACAAAGCACAAAGGACAUCUUCAUUAGCCACCUUGCUUCAUACAACAGCUGGGCCCUUCUAGGCAUAGAAUACAUGAUAAUACAGCUGAAGUCUGUGAUUCUAGCAAUGAGCCUCGUUGACAAACAUUUAACAGUUGAACAAGCUGUUGUCCUAUCUCGACUGGAGGAAGAAUUUCAGAUUCAGCACUGGGGGAAUGUGGAGUGGGCCCAUGACUACGAAAGGUAUGACUUGCAGGCCCGCACAGCUGCUGCCACCCUGUUUGUCCACCUUUGCUUAGAAAAUUCCACCAUCAAGCACAAGCUGCUUCAGCACUGAGGAAUUAAGAUGCAGAAGAAGGGAGAGAGUCAGUCUGGAUAAACCUGAAGAAGAUUCAGAUGGAAUGGAUGGUGGAGAGGUGUUGUGGGCAUGGCUGGGCCACAGAGUAGGAGAUGAGACUCUUCUCUUCCAUGCCCCUGGAGGCUGAUUCUUCCUGGAAGUUUUGGGAGUGACGUCCUAUCCAUCUCUGACCACUUCUGACUAUACUUCCUUGUUUCCCAGGUUCUGCAUUUUGCCUGGCAGGUAGACAGAUUUCAGGAGCAGAGUGUUGGAAUGCUACAUGAGCCUGCCACAAUGGGUGGAAGGCCACAAGUUCUGUCCCUGGAGGACAUGUUGCUAGAGGCGGUUAGAGGUGGGAAAAUAUCGCAGCAAUUGAGCAUCUCUAUUAAGAUUGAAGACACUCUAGCUAGAGUCCCCAACAUGAGACACAGGCGGUUCCAACAUGCCACCAAUAUCCCCUUGGUGACCAUAAAGAUCCUGCUGCACCCCCCUCCCCAAUUAAAUUUAAAAGAGAUCAUUGCCACCUUUAUUUUAGAGAACUCUCCCUCAAUUCCAAAUUGGCUCCAUAAACUUUUAUUAGAAAAUUAAAAAAUCGUGAACACAACUGA